GUGUAUGGGGAUUCCCGCGAAGCUCUGUUUUCCAAGAAGCCGACAAAGCACUUGCGCAGAGAGUUCAUGGAAUGCGCGCGGGACCUGCCCAUUGCCCUAAGCACAUAAGUUAUACUGCGUUGGUAUACUGCGGUAGUACCAGUUUCAGGUGGAGAAAUAUCUGCAGUUCGUGCAAGUUUCAAAGGAUAUAAAGUAUACACCGGACAGAUAUGAUUCACUUCCUUCCCUGACACUAGACUUGAACUAAUGAUCCAGGAAGAGAUAUGCUCAAGAGACACGAUGGCCUGCUGCGUUGACUGCCCGAGACGUUACUUUGUGGUCUUCCUGGGGUUUAUUGGACUUCUUGUUUCCAUUGGUUUCCGAACAUGUUUCGCUCUCGUCAUGGUUCAUGUGACCAAUCACACAUCCACAGAACGUGACGACGAUUCCCUGUUUCACAAUUGCACAACCUCUCGAGACCUGCAGCUCAACAUAGAACCAAGUCAUGUAUUCCUGUUGCACACUGCCUUCUACUGUGGUAGUCUCGUCACUCAGAUACCAGGCGGUAUUCUGGCUACUAGAUACUCCCCAAAGUGGGUGUGCGGACUGAGUAUUGUGUUGAGCAGUGUGUUGUUCCUGGUGCUUCCCACGGCCAUACAGUACAACCUCCCAGCCGUGUAUGUCAUCCGGGUCCUCCAGGGCCUAGUCGAGGGUUGUUCGAUACCUGCUCUGAAUGGCAUCAUUUCCGCCUGGGCUCCCAAAACGGAGAGGAGCCGGAUGAUAACCGUAGCAUACGCUGGUGCAUACAUCAGCCCCGCCAUUGCCCUCAUGACAUCGGGCGCCUGUUCCUGCUACGUCAGCUGGAACAGCAUCAUCUACAUCUACGGUGGAUGUGGCGUGGCGUGGUCAAUAGUCUGGAUGCUGUGUAUCCAUGACAACCCCAAGCAUCAUCCUAGGCUUGGGGCGAGGGAGAGGCAACUGUUCUGCACUGACGACGUCGUCAUCAACAGACCUGACCAGGAGGAGAAGAUUAUUCCUUGGAGAGCAAUUCUGACGUCACUUCCGGUGUACGCCAUCAUCGUCGGUGCCUUCUGCCGGAACUGGAUUUUCUCAAUGUUGAUUACCCAGCAACCCCAGUAUUUUAAAGAGGUGUUCCAUAUGACCACAGCUGACAUCGGGUUUCUGUCGGCUGUACCCCACGUUUUGAUGACAGUUGUGGUGAUAACUGGCGGCUUUGUCGUCGACAACUUCAUCAAACGAGACAUAUUUUCCACAACGGUAGCCAGGAAGCUGUCGGAAACACUUGGGUUCGGUGUGGAAGCAGCGUGCGUCAUGGUUAUCGCGUUCGUGGACGACAAGCACAAGGCUUUGGUUCUGCUCUGUGUGGGGGUUGCCUUCAGUGGCAUUGCUAUCUCAGGUUAUCAGGUGAAUCCUCUUGACCUCGCCCCCAAGUAUGCCAGCGUUGUGACAGGUCUGGCAAGACUGGGCAUGCUGGGUGCCGUCCUCAGCACCGUGGUGGCCUACUUCGUGAGGGACAUAGUCACUGACCCCGCCGAAGUGCCCGAAGCAUGGAAACGACUCUUCAUCAUCGCCGCCUCCAUCCACUUCUUUGGCGUCCUCUUCUACGCAGUCUUCGCAUCCGGAAAUCGACAACCUUGGUCAGGAUCACCGUCAACGCUGUCAGUCUCCAUUACUCAACCAGUCGCAAAUGACGACAAGGAUUAUGACGAGACCACGAGACUGUUACGGCGGCGAUUACGACUUCAUCGACCUCAGCUUGUUGACGCCGACAGCUAUGAAUAUGGUUCGACAACAAGAUUUCUCAAUACUAUUUGAUAAACACACUGUGUCAUUACCUUAUCAGAAAGUAGCUGAAAUGUUACUGCGUAAUUGUGAAAUGCCUUAAAAUCUGACUUGUUUGGUGACAGUUUUAAGUACCGUUGUAAUAUUUGUAGGUUAUUACAGGACAGUGGCUAAACUGUGAGUUUGGAUUGAGUUUAUUUUGAAUGCAUUGCUGAUCACACACACCAGGGCCUUGAUUUUCUAAGCUCUCUUAGUGCUAAGAUAGUCGUAAGUUAAUGUUAAAGUAUGGCACUUACGACUCUCUUAGCGCUAAGAGAGCUUCGAAAAUCUAGGCCCAGUCAGAUAAAUCAUGUAUCGAGCGCGGAUAGUGAGCUUUAAAAACUUUGGCUUGUUGGGCCAUUAGGUGGUCAGUUUUGUUUUUUUUAUAUAAGGUGAGUGAGUGAGUUUAGUUUUACGCCGCACUCAGCAGUAUUCCAGCUAUAUGGCCGUGGUCUGUAAAUAAUCAAGUCCAGUCAUUAACAGCAUGAGCAUCGAUCUACGCAACUUGGAUACGAUGACAUGUGUGAACCAAGUCAGCGAACCUGACAAUCCGAUGCCGUUAGUCGACUCUUACGACAGAUCAAUUCUAACCCGGAUCUUCAUGGAUAUUCUGUAUAAGGAACCACAUUGGUUUGUGAGUAUAUCCCCAAUGUCAUUGAGUUGUGUACAUAUGAUUUGUGAAUAAACACAAAAGACAUA